AUGGCAAAAAGGUCUAAAUCUAAAUCUAAGUCUAGAAGUUCAAAUAGAAUUUUAAAUGCCUUUGAAUUGGCUCAAAGAGAAGUUGGAGGUUCUGAUGGUGAUACUGAUGGUAGAAUUCAAUCGCACAGCGGUAGUAAACGUAAAGGUGCAGUAGUUAAUCUAUUGAAAAAAGUAGAAAAAGGAUAUAAUGGUGACGAUGGUUAUGGAUCAGACUAUGGAGAUGGAAAUGAUGAUGAUGAUGACUUUGAAGAUGAAAUAUUGGAUUCUGACGAGGCAUUAGGUUCUGAUGAUGAAUAUGAUGUUAUGGAUUCUAAAAUGUCUCAAACACGUCGUGAUAAACAAGCUCAAGGUAUAGAACUAGAUGAUGAAGAGGAGGGUGGUUAUACUUCUAUCGACGAAGAUGAGUUGAUGCCUUUGUCACAAAUUUGGGAUAUUAACACAAAAACCUCAGACAGUGAGGCUGAAUCUUCUAAUGAAAACGAUUUGAAAUUGAAGAAUGAUAUAAGUGAUGAAGAAGUAUCUUCUUCAAAUGAAGAUGAAGAAAGUAGCAGUGAAAGUGAAUCUGAAUCUAAUGAAGAAAAUUCAGAUGAAAAUCCAUUUGAUGAACUUUCAGAAGAUGGAGAAGAAGUUGAAUUGAAUACAAUCACUUCUAAUUUAUUGAAAGAGACAGCAAAGGCGCAAUCCAAGAGAUUAGAAAAUUAUGGUGCAGGUGAAGAAAAUGAAUUUAGUUUACCAACUGUCUCUCUUAAUGGCAAUGGUUUCUCUAAUGGUAAAUUAAGUUUAGAAGACAUGAUGAAUGUGGUGGAUGAUCAAACUGUCACUGCACAGGCCACAUUAAUAAAGGGAGAGUCAUUCACUGCUGCUGUACCAUUACCCCAGAGAAUUCAGCAAAGACAUGAACGUAAGGCGGCUUAUGAAAUCUCCAAGAAAGAGGUCAAUAAAUGGAAGGAUGUUGUCCAACAGAAUAGACGUGCUGAUCAUUUAUAUUUUGGUAACAAAAGAGAAUUUAGUGAGUCUACUGCAUUUACCUUAAAUCAGUCUGGCGCAGUACAAUCUGAAUUACAAAGUAAAGUUGCUGAAGUGUUGAAAGAAAGCAAUUUGGUGGAUCCACAAAAGGAGAGUACUUUUGAAGAAUUAGCCACUGCCAAAAUGAGUCCAGAAGAGAUGAAAAAAAGAACCACAGAAAUGAGAUUGAUGAGAGAAUUAAUGUUUCGUGAAGAAAGAAAGGCAAAAAGAAUUAAAAAGAUCAAAUCGAAAUCAUAUCGUAGAAUUAAGAAGAAAGAAAUGCUAAGAAAUAGAGAAGCAGCAAGUCUUUCCGAUGAAGAUAAUGAAGAACGUGAAAUUGCUAGAGCUCAAGAAAGAAUGACUUUGAAGCAUAGAGCAAAUUCUAAAUGGGCUAGAGAUAUGGUUAAACAUGGGAUGACAAAUGAUGUACAAACUCGUGAAGAAAUGGAAGAGAUGCUGAGACAAGGUGAGAGAUUGAAAGCUAAAAUCAUUGAUAGAAAUUCUGAUGAAGAAGAUGAAAAUGCUAAUAUGAGUGAUUUAGAGAGAGAUACUUAUCAAGAAGAUGCUCAAUUGAGAGAUAGUGUAGGAAAAACUGGUGUUUUGAACAUGAAGUUUAUGAAAAAUGCAGAAGCCAGAGAAAGAGAAGCGAACAAAGAAGCACUAAGAAAAUUAAGAGCUGUUCAGAGUGGUGAAGAUAUGGAAUUAUUUGAUGAUGGUAAUGAAGAAUCUGGUAAAAGUGGUGAAUAUGUCAUGUUAAAUAAAGGUAGAAGAGUGUAUGUUCCAGGUAGUAAAGAAAUUAAACAAGAAACUGAAGCUAUUUAUGAGAAUGCAUUGAAAGAACAAAAAAUUGAUGAAUCGAGAAGUUUAGUAAAUAGAUUAAAGAAGAUUAAUAAUAUUAAUGGAGAUGAAAUUGAAAUUAGAGAAGAAAAGGAUAAUGAUGAUGAAGUAAAGAAGAAAUCACAAACUCAAGCACAGAAAAAAUCAGCAUCAGCUAAUCCUUGGUUAGAUGAGAGCGACGAAGAAGAUUCAACUAUGGUCAAAAAAUCUACUAAGAUCAAUAUAGUAGAUAAAGAUAGUUCUAAGCUUGUUAAAAGUAGUCAAAAGAUUUCUAAAGAGAUGGAAAAGCAAGUAAGAAAACAAAAUGCAAAGGGGAAGAAGAAUAAUGAUGAUGAAUUACUUCUGGAUACUUCUGACAGUAACACUUUAAAUAUUGUUGAUCCAUAUGGGGGUUCAGAUGAUGAAUCUAAUAAGCAAUUCAUGUUCAAACAACAAGAAAUCAUUUCAGAAGCGUUUGCUGGUGAUGACGUUGUUGUUGAUUUCAGUGAGGAAAAGAAACGUGUGGCAGAAGAUGAAGAUGAUAAAGAAGAAGAUGUAACACUACCAGGUUGGGGUCAAUGGGCUGGUGCUGGAGAAAAUCUCAAAAAGAAGAAGAGAAAGUUUAUUAAGAAGAUAAAAGGUGUUGUUGAAAAGGAGAAGAGAAAAGAUAGACAUUUACAAAACGUUAUAAUUAAUGAAAAGAUGAACAAGAAAAAUUUGAAAUACCACGCAUCUUCUGUGCCAUUCCCAUAUGAAAAUAAAGAACAGUAUGAAAGAUCUUUACGUAUGCCGUUAGGACCUGAAUGGACUAGUCAAAAGACGCACAGUAGAUUUAUUAAGCCAAGAAUAUUGACAAAACCAGGUCAAGUUAUUGAUCCGUUAAAACAACCAUUCCAAUAA